CACCGGUCGAGGAAGGGGCACGUUCAGGAAGAGGACGUUGAUGUGAAAUUAUGAUAAACUUUGGGAUUAUUGCACUUAUCGAAAUCGCAAAUUAGACAUGUUUAUGUAAGAGAAACACGUUUAUAGUCAGAAUGUAAUCGUGGUUUAUGAAGAACUUUAGUUAGUGAUUUACGGUCAUUUUGUCGUGCAGGUAGAUAACGGGGAUUUAAAGCACUGCUAAUCUACAGUUACACACUACAGUUGCUGUUAAGAGUUAAAAGAUGAGUUCCUGUAGGCACUUAGUGUACGGUAGGUGGUUGUUUCACCACAGCACUUUAAGUGUGAACACGUCAGUUUGCAGACAUGGCAGACAGAUGAGACUGUUCAGUACCACCAAGAGCUGCAGGACCAUCAUGCCUGCCUGGGUCAUUGAUAAAUACGGAAGCAAUGACGUGUUGCGGUACACCAAAAACGCCAGUUUCCCCAUCAUCAACUACCCCAAUGAAGUCAUUGUCAAAGUGUCCGCAGCAGCAUUGAACCCACUUGAUGUGAGCAUGAGAGGUGGCUAUGGUGCUGCAACAAUGUCUAUGAAGAGAGACCCUCUGAAUAUCAAACAGUCGGGCAGUGAGUUCCCUCUCAUCCUGGGGAGGGAUGUGUCGGGGGUCAUCAUGGAGUGCGGCCUGGAUGUGAAGUACUUCAGGGAAAGGGAUGAGGUGUGGGCAGCCAUCCCACCAUGGAAGCAGGGCAGCCUGGCUGAGUUUGUGGUGCUGAGUGCCAAUGAGGUGUCCCACAAACCAAAGUCACUGAGCCACACAGAGGCCGCAGCUAUUCCCUACGUGGCAACCACUGCCUGGUCAGCGCUGGUCAACACCGGUGGGCUCACUAAAGACAACUGUGCCAAGAAGCGAGUUUUGAUCCUUGGAGGAUCCGGGGGAGUCGGGACAUUUGCUAUACAGAUGCUAAAAGCUUGGGGAGCCCAUGUGACUGUUACCUGCUCCCAGAAUGCAGAGCGGUUUGUGAAGGACCUGGGGGCAGACCACACAGUGGACUACACUACCGGACCUGUCGAGGAGCCGCUAAGUGCGCUGGAGAAAUUUGACCUGAUCCUGGAUAACAUUGGCGGGGACACGGAGCGUUGGGCACUGAAUCUGCUCAAGCCUUGGAGUGGUGCCAAGUACGUCACCCUCGUAACACCGUUCCUCCUGAACACUGACAGGCUGGGCAUCGCUGAUGGCAUGAUGAAGACUGCUGCCACAGUGGCUGGCAAAGCCUUAAAGCACCUGACCAAAGGAGUCCACUACCGCUGGGGAUUCUUUGCACCUAGUGGUCCUGCAUUGGAUGAAAUAAGGGAAAUGGUGGAUGCAGGACAGAUCCGGGCAGUAGUGGAGGAGACUUUCAGCUUUUCCCAGGUUCCUCAGGCCUUCCAGAAGGUGGAGAAAGGUCACGCUCGUGGAAAGACGGUGGUCCAGAUCAGCAAAGGGGGAGACGACCUAUAGCACUGACUCUCUGAGACAUUUUCAGGAUACAAAGGGAAUUCAGCUAACUUGAAUACAAGGUCUUAGCUUGUUGUAUCCACUGCUGCAAACAAGGCAUAAGACCAUGUUAUUAUUGCUUCUCAUCUGUGUGGGUUUGCAGCUAAAAACGUGUAUGUAAGCACUACAGUUGCGGUUUUACGCGUUGAAAUGUUAAGCAUUUUUUGUACUGGCUUGAUAAAUAAAAUAAGGUGGUUAAAGUAAAGUGAUAAUUUAAGCACUGUCACCUUAUUGAAAGAGCUAUUGGUAAUGUUUGAAUGUGCAAAAGCAUUUCCACAUACACUCAGUUGCUUUUUUUAAGGCACACCUAGCAAAAACUAAUUAAGCCUAACACAACUGCCUUGCAAAAAAUUAAUGUUUCAGGCUUUGUUGAAACUGUUUUACAAAGGUGUUAAUAAUUUCAUGAGUGUUACUCUUUCACACUGUAUAUUUGUACACAGCUAAUGAUGAACUUGAUAAUAUCCAGUGAAAGUGGCCACUGCCUCUGUUUGCUAACAUAUUGCUGACAUUUUUUUUAAACAAGCUUGACCAGUUAGUUUGUCCUCCAUAGUGUAAAUGUGUGUACAGCUUUGUGUCAGUUAUCAUAGUGAAAUGAAAGCUAAAUACAGUAUAUAGGGGCUGAAAGGGACAGUCCACCUCAGAAUCUAAAAAACAUGUUUUUCCUCUUACCUUAAGUGCGAUUUAUCAAUCUAGAUUAUUUUGGUGUGAGUUGA